AUCUUAUCACUACUCGCAGUUGUUAAUGUUGGUUUGGUGAUUCUUGGACUUGUUUGGUUUACGUUUAAGUGUUAUCUUGAUUCUCACGCCUCUUCUUGAAUUGUUUCACGACUCGUUAAGGAGGAGGCUUGUGAGAUAUGUGGAAGUGUAGUCAAACCUGGUUUGAUGAUGAUAUGUUUCAAGUGCAGAGAUACUCACGAGCAUACUUACUGCGCAAGGGUGUUUUUACCAUCUGUCCCUCUCAUUUGGAUAUGUGAAGCGUGCCGGUUUUCAUCAUCUCGCGUAUUGCUCAUAUCUGGUGUUACUGAGAAUCAAAUGGAUUCAGAAACCACUCGGUCCUUAGAUCCAAAGAUCUCUCACAGUUCCGGAGUAGAUGAUGAUCAUGAAACUACCAUGUUACGAAGUAAUGAGAUAGAAGAAGUUGUAGGUUCUGAAAUCUCUGCAAACGUCGGAUCAGUGAUUCAUCUUCCUUUGCAGCCACACACAAGUCCACUAGCUAAAGAAACUUCCUCGAUACUCAAUGACUCAUCUCAGGACAACGAGCAACAGCAUCAACCAGCUCAGACAUUUCCUAAAAAACGCAAGACGUUUCAGUUGAUGGGAAAACACAUCACUCUCUGAUCUCUUCUUUAACUAGAGUGCCUCACCAAAGUGUAAAUCAAGAAACGCUUCAAUUGAUAGGUAUAUAAACAAACGAUCAGUACAUGUACAUAGGUCGUGACCUCUUGUGUGUAGCAUAUUUCAUCCAUUUGACUGUGAUACAAUGUAGUUCUUUUGUUCCUUGGAUCACAAGUUACUUUCUAAAAUUGAG